AUGGCGGAGCAGGUACCAGAGUUUAAACUCAUUUUGGUGGGAGAUGGGGGUGUAGGGAAGACGACCCUGGUGAAGAGGCACCUUACAGGAGAAUUCGAAAAAAAAUAUAUUCCCACUCUUGGUGUCGAAGUCCGCCCUCUUCGCUUCACCACCAACUUCGGCCCAAUAGUAUUCAAUGUAUGGGACACGGCUGGCCAAGAAAAGUUUGGCGGUCUACGUGAUGGAUAUUAUAUUAAGGGGCAAUGCGCUAUUAUGAUGUUCGAUGUAACAAGUCGUAUUACAUACAGAAAUAUCCCCAAUUGGCAUAGAGAUAUUGUUCGUGUAUGCGAGAAUAUACCCAUCGUACUCGUAGACGUAAAAGAUCGUCAAGUUAAGGCCCGAGUAAUUCAAUUCCAUAGAAAAAAAAAUUUGCAAUAUUAUGAUAUUAGUGCAAGAUCGAAUUAUAAUUUCGAGAAACCUUUCCUUUGGCUAGCAAGAAGAUUAACUAAUCAGGCAUCUCUUACCUUUACAGGUGAGCAUGCAAAGGCACCAGAGAUUAUGAUUGAUCCUUCCUUAGUGCAGCAAGCAGAGAGAGAAUUACAAGAGGCAGUAAAUACAGCAAUAGAGGACGAUGAUGACGACCUGUAA